GCCAUGCAGAAUGAACAGGAAAAAUACGGAAAAGCGACAAUUUACCUGCAUCGUUGGUAACAAUCCCGAGCUAGCUAGAGGAAGCAAAUAUAUAAGUUCGAGAGAAUCAGUUACUUCGCUCUGGUGGACUGUUACAAAUUUGCUGAACAGCUUGUGUUCUCCCACCCGUACCGUUGCAGCCUGGCAAAAGGUCUGGGCCGACAAAAAACUGCAGCUGAAACGUAAGUUGCAACACAAUAAAAGUGAAUUGACGGCCACUGGCGGUGGGUCAAAUACGUUGCACUCGUUCAAUGAUUUGGAGAAAACUUUAAAUCGCCUCCUUGCGCUUGAGAGAACGGUUAAUCACAAUGGCUCUGUUUUUGGAAAGCACCCAGUACAACAGUCCCUUGUGACGAAUAACAAUACGAGGAUCCAAGCAACAUUGAGGUUAAGCAGUACAUAACAAUGCAGCUCUUGAAGAACCUGGAACAAGUCAGUUAACAAGGCAUGAACGAGUACGAGCAACCAAGCGUAAUUUCCGGAAAGCUCUGCCCGAAACGGCAAAUGAUGUUGGACAGCCAGAACCAUAAAAGUCAGCAGUUGCAAUAUCAGCUACAGCUGCUCUAGUAUAAAAAGCAGAAGUUUGACUUCGAAAUGGGGCGAGCAACAAUUGGUAGUAAUGAUGACCAAAACGAUCACGCAGUGAUUGACAAAAAUGGUAGUAGCAACGAGUGAAUAUUUUUAGGAUUAUCAACAGAACAUGACUAUCUACUUCUUUGAUUAUUUUAUUGAAGACAUAACGUUUUAAAUAAAUAUUAGCCGUUUAAGAAAGUUAAAAGUAAGGUUGACAAUCAUUUCAUAUCACCGCCAGGCAUCUUUUCUGUGUUAACAGAAAAAAAAACGUUUUUAAUCCACCUAACAGUGUGAUGAGACAUUUCUUAUAACUCUUAUUACUCUCUUCGGAUAUUAUAUCGUUUGAGAACAUUUAGAACUUGAUGCUUCGCGAUGUUUUUUGAUAACACAUACUACAUGGGAUAGUGGCAGGACUCAGAGAAUCGCUCAAAUCAGCAUAGGACAACAUCAGUGCUAGAAAUCUCAAACCAAAUCAAUGGGAAAGCGAAAAAAUGGCCCAUAAAAUAGACAUACCAACGAAUUAUUGUUAAUGCUGUGUUAAUAAAAUAUCUAAAUUGUGGUGGGAAAACUGAAUUUUCCUAAAGGGGUUAUAUAUUGUAAUGAGCCAAAAAAAUCGAUUUUUUUUAAUCGAUUUGAAGUUUAUUCUUUACUCAAAUUUCCAACGCGACUGAG